AUAGCUAGGAGCGCACAAUAAUAUCAAUCAUGCUCCUUGUGUUGAGCUUGCCCUUUCUUUCUUUUCAUCUUUAACCAAUACUAUUCUAAUUCUUCUUCAUUAUUUUAGGAUCUAUUCUCGAACUUCUUAGUUCUCUCCAUUUACCUCCCUCAUUCACCAAGAGUAAUGGAGAGCAAUUUCAGUUCAUAUAAUCCUCAUGACUUAGCCUCUAGCUUGAAGAGAAAGCCCCAUGAUCAUGAUGUUAAAGAAGAAGAUUAUUAUACAUCAUCUUCAUCUUUCAAUCUAAGGAAUGUUUCAAAGCUCAUUCUUCCACCACUUGGUGUUUCAAAACAGAAUUCAGUUUCCUCAAAAGGCUGGAUCAUAUCCCCAAUGGAUUCUAGAUACAGGUGUUGGGAGAGUUUUAUGGUUAUUUUGGUAGCUUAUUCUGCAUGGGUUUAUCCCUUUGAAGUUGCUUUCAUGCACUCUUCUACAAAUAGGAAACUCUACAUUGUGGACAAUAUUGUUGAUCUUUUCUUCGCUGUUGAUAUUGUUUUGACAUUCUUCGUCGCAUACGUAGAUGGAACAACUCAUCUACUUGUCAGAGAUUCCAAAAAAAUUGUUGUCAGGUACUUGUCAACAUGGUUCAUAAUGGAUGUGGCAUCAACUAUACCAUAUGAAGCAAUAGGUUACUUUUUAACUGGCAAACACAAAUUGAGUCUGCCUUACUACCUCUUAGGAAUGCUCAGAUUUUGGAGAAUUAGACGUGUCAAGCAAUUCUUCACAAGGCUUGAGAAAGACAUCAGGUUCAACUAUUUCUGGGUCAGAUGUGCCAGGCUUCUUUCUGUAACACUUUUUUCAGUUCAUUGUGCUGGGUGCCUCUAUUACAUGCUAGCUGAUAUGUACCCUCAUGAAGGAAAGACAUGGAUUGGAGCUGUGAUUCCAAACUUCAGAGAGACAAGCCCUCGGAUUAGAUAUAUUUCAGCAAUUUAUUGGUCCAUCACUACCAUGACAACUGUUGGUUAUGGUGAUCUUCAUGCUGUCAACACCAUGGAAAUGAUUUUCAUUAUUUUCUACAUGCUCUUCAACCUUGGACUAACUGCUUACUUGAUUGGUAACAUGACGAAUCUUGUUGUUGAAGGAACUCGCCGCACCAUGGAAUUUAGAAACAGCAUCGAAGCAGCAUCAAACUUUGUGUGCCGAAAUCGAUUGCCUCCAAGGUUAAAAGAGCAGAUCCUGGCUUACAUGUGUUUGAGAUUUAAGGCAGAGAGCUUGAAUCAACAUCAACUAAUUGAACAGCUACCGAAGUCAAUAUGCAAAGGCAUUUGCCAGCAUUUGUUUUUUCCAACUGUUGAGAAAGUCUAUCUCUUCAAAGGCGUCUCAAAAGAAAUCCUUUUGUCCCUAGUUGCAAAAAUGAAGGCAGAGUACAUACCACCUAAAGAGGAUGUUAUCAUGCAAAAUGAAUCACCGGAUGAUGUUUACAUUAUAGUGUCGGGAGAAGUAGAGGUCAUUGAUAGUAUUAUAGAGAAAGAGAGAAUUUUAGGCACUCUAACAAUAGGAGACAUGUUUGGAGAAGUUGGUGCACUUUGUUGUAGGCCUCAAAAUUUUACAUACAGAACCAAGACUCUAACACAGCUUCUGAGGCUGAAAACCAAUAAUCUUAUAGAAGCAAUGCAGAUUAAAAAAGAAGACAAUAUACUAAUACUCAAAAAUUUCCUUCAGCAUUUCAAGCAGCUUAAGGAUUUGAGUAUCAAAGAUUUAAUGGUGGAAAAUGUGGAGGAAGACGAUCCUAACAUGGCUGUGAAUUUGUUAACUGUGGCCAGCACAGGCAAUGCUGCUUUUCUCGAGGAGCUUCUAAGAGCUGGUUUGGAUCCCGACAUAGGAGACUCAAAAGAAAAAACUCCAUUGCACAUAGCUGCAUCAAAUGGGCACGAAGAGUGUGUUAAAGUCUUGCUUAAGCAUACGUGCAACAUACAUAUAAAAGAUAUGAAUGGUGACACUGCACUAUGGUAUGCUAUAGCAUCAAAACAUCACUCAAUAUUCAGGAUCCUCUAUCAGCUAUCUGCUCUUUCUGAUCCAUACACGGCAGGAAAUCUCCUAUGUACAGCAGCAAAAAGAAAUGAUAUAACAGUAAUGAAUGAGCUUUUAAAGCAAGGAUUAAACAUUGACUCGAAAGAUCGACAUGGCAUGACAGCUAUCCAAAUUGCUAUGUCAGAAAAUCAUGUGGAGAUGGUUCAGUUGCUUGUAAUGAACGGCGCAGAUGUUACUGAUGUACAUGUUCAUGAAUUUUCUGCAUCCAUCUUAAAUGAAAUUAUGCAGAAACGUGAAAUCGGACAUCUAAUUAAUGUGAGUGAGGUCAUGCCUAGUGAGUUUGUAUUAAAGGUGCAAAAUCAAGAAGAACAUAAGCAGAUUUGGGGAAGAUAUAAUGGACUAGAGUGUCCAAGAGUAAGCAUAUAUAGAGGUCACCCUGUAGUGAGAAGAGAAAGAGGUUUCAUUGAAGCUGGAAAGUUAAUAAGGUUGCCUGAUUCAUUAGAGAAGCUCAAAACUAUUGCAGGUGAAAAAUUUGGGUUUGAUGCAAAAGAUACAAUGGUGACAAAUGAAGAAGGAGCAGAAAUAGAUUGUAUUGAUGUUAUCAGAGAUAAUGACAAACUGUUUUUUGUUGAAGAGGCUAUUGAUGCAUAAUGUCAAUUGUAAAUACAUAAUCUUGCACAAUAGAAUUAUGUGUCUUUUUUGUUUUUCAUUGUUGGUUAUUUAGUUAACUUCUUUCUUUUGUCACAAGGAAGUGGUAUAGUGAUAUGAUAGGUCAUACUUGUGUAACAUAUAGUUGAGAUGACAAACUAUUCAGGCUACCCUACAAACAUGCAUUUUCAUAACAGUUGAAAUGAUUUCGUCUUCACGAAUAACAACAUGAAUUGCC